UGUGUGUGUGUUUGGGCGAAGAAGAGGGAUGACAGAUACGGUGGAUAGAAUAGAUAGAUAGACAGGAUGGAUGGAUGGGUGGGUUCCCAGGGAUGCGGGAUAAGGGGCGGGCCGGCCCAAGUCUUGGCUUCUCUCUUGUGAAGGAUGGGAAGUAGUACGGGUCGUAGUGCGCGGGAUGGGAUGGGAGGACCUGAGCUGAGAUGGGCUGAGAUGAGCUAAGAUGAGAUGAAUGAGAUGGAUGAGGAGCUGAGGUGGGAUGGUGGUGGGAUGGAUGACACGGAGGAGACGGAUGAGGCUACGACGAUGGGUGGCGACGAACGACAUGGGGAAAUUUGCGGCAUUGAACAUGGCAAUCUGAGUUUUUCGCCUGCGCGCCUCCCUCCAUCCCUCGACGUCUAUCCGUCCAUUCAUCCAUCAUCCAUCCACCCGUCUCCUUUCCCGAUGUGGCGAUACUACACAAGGUUACCAUCUACUCUAGCCUGCCUAUUUCCUUUCUUUUUUCUUUAUCCUUCUUCGAAUGGUCUACUACCUACCUAGCGUCCCCGAACUGUCCCUAUUAACCCCUUGUACUCACUUCCCCAGAUUUUUUUCUUCUCCAAUUCAACUACUAGUGAUGGGACAGGUCACAGGAGGCAUAUCACUAUAGGGGUGUUUUACUGUACCAACAAACUAGUUACUUCAUAGUACUAACCCAAC